GCGUAUAAAAGACUCCCGGCCGCACAGUAGAGCAUCAGUCAUUGCUCGCUCACAGCAGAACAUCGCAGCAGCAGCAGCAAUGAGGAUCCUGGUGUGUGUGUACCUGUGUGGUCUAGCCCUCGCUGUCCUCGCUGAGGAGGAGCAGAAGGUGAAGACAGAGAAGAGAGGACUCUCUGGCUCCCUUGGUGGAUACGGUGGCGGCUUCGGUGGAGGCUACGGAGGCGGCUACAGUGGUGGCUACGGAGGCGGCUACGGAGGUGGAUACGGCGGUGGCUACGGAGGCGGAUACGGAGGCGGCUUCGCUGGUGGACUCGGAGGCGGUCUUGGUGGCGGCAUUGGAGCCGGCAUCGGUGGUGGAGCCCCUCAGGUCACUGUCAACAGCGUGCCUGUCCCUGUCCCAGUGCCCGUGGAGAGGACCAUCCCAGUGCCGGUGAGGGUCCCAGUCACAGUCCCUGUGGAGCGUCCUGUUCCCGUCCAGGUGCCACAGCCGUACCCUGUCCCCGUAGACAACCCUGUGCCCGUCCCCGUCAAGGUCCCCACCCCAGUGUCCGUCCCAGUACCUCAGCCCUACGUCGUUAAGCGUCCAGUGCCCUACGUCGUCAGCGCUGGCCACGGUGGUCUCGGCGGAGGACUCGGCGGUGGUCUCGGAGGAGGCCUGGGCGGUGGUCUCGGAGGAGGCCUCGGAGGAAAAUUCGGUGGAGGCUACGGCGGCGGCUUAGGCGGAGGAUACGGCGGAGCUGUCGGUGGCUUUGGAGGACUUGGGGGCUACGGAAAAUACGGCCACGUGUGUGUGUAUCUGUGCGGUGUGGCCCUGUCCGUCCUAGCCGAGGAGGAGCAGCCAGUGAAAGAGAAGCGAGGACUCUCCGGUUCGCUGGGUGGUUAUGGUGGCGGCUACGGUCUGGGAGGUGGCUACAGUGCCGGCUAUGGAGGCGGCUACGGUGGCGGCUACGGAGGUGGCUACGGAGGUGGAUACGCUGGUGGACUCGGAGGCGGCCUUGCAGGUGGCAUCGGGUCCGGCAUUGGAGGGGGAGGAACACAGAUCACUGUCAACAGAAUACCUGUCCGGGUCCCAGUCCCUGUGGAGAGGAUCGUUCGAGUGCCUGUGAAGGUCCCAUUCACGGUAACUGUGGACCGGCCUGUCCCUGUGCAGGUGCCUCAGCCGUACCCUGUCCCUGUAGACAACCCUGUGCCCGUCCCCGUCAAGGUCCCCACCCCAGUGUCCGUCCCAGUUCCUCAGCCCUAUGUCGUUAAGCGUCCAGUGCCCUACGUCGUCAGUGCUGGCCACGGCAGUAUCGGAGGAGACCUCGGCAGUGGUCUCGGAGGAGGCCUCGGUGGAAAAUUCGGCGGAGGCUACAGCGGCGGCUUUGCUGGAGGAUAUAGUGGAGCUGCCACAUCAGUCAUUGCUCGCUCUCAGCAGAACACGCAAGCAGCAAUGAGGAUCCUGGUGUGCGUGUAUCUGUGUGGUCUGGCCCUGUCCGUCCUAGCUGAGGAGGAGCAGCCGGUGAAAGAGAAGCGAGGACUCUCCAGUUCGCUGGGUGGCUAUAGCGGUGGCUAUGGUCUGGGAGGUGGCUACAGCGGCGGCUAUGGAGGCGGGUAUGGUGGCGGCUACGGAGGUGGAUACGCUGGUGGACUCGGAGGCGGCCUUGCAGGUGGCAUCGGGGCCGGCAUUGGAGGGGGACAACCACAGAUCACUGUCAACAGAAUCCCUGUCCGGGUCCCAGUCCCUGUGGAGAGGAUCGUUCGAGUGCCUGUGAAGGUCCCAUUCACGGUAACUGUGGACCGGCCUGUCCCUGUGCAGGUACCGCAGCCGUACCCUGUCCCUGUAGACAACCCUGUGCCCGUCCCUGUCAAGGUCCCCACCCCAGUGUCUGUCCCAGUUCCUCAGCCCUACGUCGUUAAGCGUCCAGUGCCCUACGUCGUCAGCGCUGGCCACGGCGGUAUCGGAGGAGGCCUUGGCGGUGGUCUCGGAGGAGGUCUCGGAGGAGGUCUCGGAGGAGGCCUCGGAAGAGGCUUCGGAGGAAAGUUCGGCGGAGGCUACAGCGGCGGCUUCGGUGGUGGAUACGGCGGUGGCUUUGGAGGACUCGGUGGCUACGGGAAAUAUGGCCACUAGAAAUCCAUCUCAGUUAUAAUAUCUUGACCUGUACAUGCCAUCAGAUUCGUAUUAUGUACACAAAAAAAUGCUAAAUAAAAACUGAUGCAUCACA